UCGCCGCCGCCGCCGCGAUGUUGCCGCUGCUGUCCCGGUCCCGCUGUCUGAGCCGGGCGCUCAAUGCCCUGCGGCAGGGUUGAAGUAGAAAUUCGCAAAUGAUGACAGUAUGCCCAUGCCCACCUCAGGAGUUAUGUCUCCAUAGAGAAUGAUUUCAAACGUGCUUCAAGGAGUGACAGUUCCCAAGCAGGGAAACUGCACUCUGGCAAGAUGCUCUCUGUCUGGUGUUCCUCGAGGCCAGGGGCUGGCUUGCGCCAACAGUAGGAAGUUUGUUGCAAACAACUCAAGUAUCUUCGCUGUCCGUUACUUCAGAACCACUGCUGCAUGUAGGAACGAUGUGGUUACAGUGAACACUCCAGCAUUUGCAGAGUCAGUCACAGAGGGAGAUGUCAGGUGGGAAAAAGCUGUUGGAGACACAGUGACAGAAGACGAAGUGGUGUGUGAGAUUGAAACAGACAAGACAUCGGUGCAGGUCCCAGCCCCAGCAGCUGGUGUGAUUGAGGCUCUUCUGGUACCUGAUGGUGGGAAAGUAGAAGGAGGGACCCCUCUAUUCAAACUCAGGAAAACUGGAGCUGCUCCUGCCAAGGCCACACCAGCAGCAGCCCCUUCUGCUGCUGCAGCCCCUGCACCUGAACCUGUGGCAGCUGCUGUUGCUCCUCCUGCAGCACCAAUCCCUACUGCAAUGCCACCAGUGCCACCUGUUUCAACCCAGCCCAUUGAGAGCAAGCCGGUUUCUUCAGUGAAGCCGACUGCAGCUCCUGCUGUGGAACCAGGACCCAGCAAAGGUGCCAGAUCGGAGCAUAGGGUGAAAAUGAACAGGAUGCGUCAGCGCAUUGCUCAGCGCCUGAAAGAGGCUCAGAACACUUGUGCCAUGCUGACCACCUUUAAUGAAAUUGAUAUGAGUAACAUUCAGGAGAUGCGAGCCCGGCACAGAGACUCCUUCCUGAAGAAGCACAACAUGAAACUCGGCUUUAUGUCAGCCUUUGUGAAAGCAACAGCCUUUGCCCUGCAAGAUCAGCCUGUUGUGAAUGCAGUGAUUGAUGACACAACCAAAGAGAUUGUGUACAGGGACUAUGUGGAUAUCAGCGUUGCUGUGGCAACUCCUAGGGGUCUCGUGGUCCCCGUCAUCAGGAAUGUAGAAACUAUGAACUUUGCUGACAUUGAGCGAACCAUCAAUGAGUUGGGAGAGAAGGCCCGAAAAAAUGAACUGGCCAUUGAAGACAUGGAUGGCGGCACCUUCACUAUCAGUAAUGGAGGAGUCUUUGGGUCGCUCUUUGGGACACCCAUCAUCAACCCCCCUCAGUCUGCCAUACUAGGAAUGCAUGCCAUUGUUGACAGGCCUGUUGCUGUUGGAGGCAAAGUCGAGGUGCGGCCCAUGAUGUUUGUGGCAUUGACGUACGAUCACCGGCUAAUUGAUGGCAGAGAGGCAGUGACUUUCCUGCGCAAGAUCAAGGCAGCAGUGGAGGAUCCCCGUGUGCUGCUGCUGGAUCUCUAGAGCAGCUGCACCCCCGUACGACCCAAGCAGGGCAGGGACGCAGCACCAGCACGGGCAAUAACAGGCAUUCAGGGAUUGGCAGGGGCUCUCCAGUCUCCCUCCCUCCCCUGUGGCUGGAGGCAUCUUAGAGGGAACCUUGAGUGUAGCUCCUACCUCCUUGUCUACCUGCUAGGGCUGCCACAGAGAGCAAACUACCAAAUAUCGUGAGCUUCCCAGUACCACUUCUGUAGUCUCCCCCACCCCCCCAGCACCCACGUAAUCGCCUCCAGCCUGACCCAGCAGAUGGGAACAGAACCUGCUGGUGAUGGCAGUGCUAGGCUGCCCUUUCCUCACUGUCCCUCUGCUGGUUCAGCUUUACUUCUCAGUGCUGAAGUGACUGAGAGUGAAGGGAAAGAGGUUACUGCUUUACAAUGUACAGGGACACAGCAUCUCCCACUGGUCUGCCCUGCCAAGUCAGUGUGGGGUCCCCACACUGUCUUAGGCAGGUUUGGAUCAUAUUUCUGUUCUGCUCUGGUGAUUGGAGCCAUGCUGUGGUGCUUGCAGGGGGCCUUGCCAUCUUGGUUAAAGGCACCCAUUAGGACUUGGGCUCCUGUUCCCUCUCUGGUUGUGCUGUCCCCUCCCUCUGAGGCUUCAUUGUAUUCUAGCCUGGUCUCUCUGAUGCAAGAUGUCUGUCCAUCCUGGGCUUUUAAUACCUACCAGGACUAGUGACCACCACCUGCACAGGUAGCUCCAUCCCUCAGUCCACUACCUACCAGUGGUUCUGAUUAUAUAAACAGCCCUUGCAUCUGUCCUUGAAUGAUUACAGCCCAGUAUUGAUGAAUGAAACUGUUGACUCCCUGUGUACAAGGGCCUGGCUUGCCCUGUGCCAUGAGACUGUCGGGGGCAGGGCCAAGUCCCCAAGAAAAAAUGCGUAUCCUAGCCCAAAGCUGCUGGUUUGAUGGGGGGAUGGGGGUGGAGGGGAAGGGGGAGGAAAUACCUUUAGUCCAAUAGCACGCACAUGUAUUGGUGAGUGAGGGGGUUGCUAGUGCCUGCAGGGUCUAUUACUCCUACCCUCUACACAGAACUUGUAAUUAAAGUAUUUAACUCAA